UUGGUCUUUGGUGUGAUUGUGUACCGGAUAACCACAGCGGCAGCACUGUCGAUGAGUCCCAAUGAGUCAACCAAGUCUAACGUCCGAGUGACGGUGACAGCAACGGCUGUCAUCAUUAACCUUGUUGUGAUACUUAUCCUAGAUGAGAUUUAUGGAAUGGUUGCCAAAUGGUUGACAGAAAUGGAGAUACCAAAAACAGAAAAAACCUUCGAGGAGCAUUUAAUUAUGAAAGCUUUCCUUCUGAAAUUUGUGAACUCCUAUGCACCAAUUUUUUACGUGGCAUUUUUCAAAGGAAGAUUUGUAGGCCGACCUGGACAUUAUGUGUAUGUAUUUGCUGGUUACCGAAUGGAAGAGUGUGCUCCUGGAGGCUGCUUGAUGGAGCUUUGCAUUCAGCUGAGCAUCAUCAUGCUGGGAAAACAGCUGAUCCAAAACAACAUCUUUGAAAUUGGAGUCCCUAAGUUAAAAAAACUGUUCCGGAAGCUAAAGGAUGAGAGGCCCGAGACAAAGGCUAAUGAAUCUGAUCCUUCCAAGCCACCUCAGCAAUGGGAGCUGGACCACGCCUUGGAACCUUUCACUGGGCUGACCCCAGAAUACAUGGAAAUGAUUAUACAGUUUGGAUUCGUCACGCUCUUCGUUGCUUCCUUUCCUCUGGCUCCUGUGUUUGCCCUGCUCAACAAUGUCAUUGAAGUUCGCCUGGAUGCCAAAAAGUUUGUCACUGAGCUGAGGAGGCCAGAUACAGUAAGAGCAAAAGAUAUAGGGAUUUGGUUUAACAUUCUGAGUGGCAUUGGAAAAUUUUCAGUAAUAAUUAAUGCCUUUGUCAUAUCUGUCACUUCUGAUUUCAUCCCGCGCCUUGUCUAUCAAUAUGCAUAUAGUCACAACGGAACCAUGCAUGGCUUCAUCAAUCACACUCUCUCAUACUUCAACGUCAGUGAUUUCAAGGCUGGAACCCAGCCAGAAGCCUCAAGUUUUGAACAGGAUGUUUCCCUUUGCAGGUUUAAGGAUUACAGAGAACCACCAUGGUCUGAAAACCAGUAUGAAUUUUCUAAGCAGUACUGGACUGUUUUAUCUGCCCGUUUGGCCUUUGUCAUUAUCUUUCAGAACCUGGUAAUGUUCCUCAGCGUACUUGUUGACUGGAUGAUCCCAGACAUACCCAAGGACAUCAGUGAGCAGAUCAAGAAAGAAAAGAGCGUGCUGGUUGAUUUCUUCUUGAAGGAAGAGCACGAGAAGCUGAAACUGAUAGAAAACUUUAUCAGGCGAGACAAGCAGAGGAGCAAGAAUGAGACGAGAGGAAGGAGAAAUCGAGCAGCGAGUUUCUGCCAGUUCAACCGAAGUCAACGGGGCAGCUUAACAUCCUUUAGUUCACACCACACUGAUGUAUGAUUCCUUCAGGGCACAUCUA